AACGUUUAGUGGUUUACUAUAUAUCUCUCUUUGCGGCAUUUCUUGUCACUGCUUAUCAGGCAAAAAAUGGAUAAAAGAUGGAGUCUUCAAGGUAUGACUGCUCUUGUAACCGGUGGAGCCGCAGGAAUAGGGUAUGCCAUAGUAGAGGAGUUAGCUAGCUUUGGGGCCAAAGUCCAUGUAUGCGACAUAUCUGAAACUUUGCUGAGUCAAAGUUUAAGCGAAUGGGAAAAGAAAGGGUUUAAAGUGAACAAUGUGGGAGUGCUUCGAGGAAAGCAAACAACAGAAUAUGGGGCAGAUGAUUUUGCUUUCCACAUCUCAACAAACUUGGAAUCUGCUUACCAUUUUUGCCAGCUUUCACACCCUCUCUUAAAGGCUUCAGGCUAUGGAAGCAUCGUUUUCAUGUCCUCUGUUUCAGGGGCUGUAUCGAUUAACGGUGCAUCCAUUUAUAGUCUAACCAAAGGAGCUCUGAAUCAACUAGCUAGGAAUUUGGCAUGUGAAUGGGCAAAAGACGGCAUACGAGCCAACGCUGUUGCACCUAACAUCAUCAAGACUCCUCAAGCUCAACCUUAUCUUGAGAACGUCAGCUUCAGGGAAGGACUGUUCGGUAGAACUCCUCUUGGUCGAGCUGGAGAGCCUAAUGAGGUUGCAGCACUAGUGGUUUUCUUGUGUCUACCUGCAGCUUCAUAUAUAACAGGUCAAACCAUUUGUGCCGAUGGAGGCCUCACAGUUAACGGUUUCUCCUAUCAACCACAGGCUUGAAAAUUGUCUUGUCAUGUUUUGUGACUGUAAUAUUUUCUUUUGAAUAAAAAUACUCACUAUAUGAGGCACAUAAGCGAAUUCACAAUUCCAUACGGCAAUACCUUGCAGCAAUGUCUCUCUCAGAUAUCAAAAUGCUAUAUUGAAUUAUCUGUUUCUACUAUAACAA